AUGCUGCGGCUGCUGCCCCGCGCCCUGGGCCGCCGCGCCGGGGCCCCGCGGGGCUGCGGCUGCCGCUGCCGGGCGGGCGCCGGGGCCGCGCUGCCGGCCGCCCUGGGGCCGCCGUGGCUGCCGUGCGCCCGGGCGCUGCGCUGGGCGGCAGGGAGGCUUUAUGGACAUGCCACAACGGAGACCUCCCAAGCCACCCUGGCCAGCGUGUCGCCUGUUUUCGCAGUGAUGAAGCUGGACAAAGAGGGAAACGCUACCUAUUUUGAAAAGAAGAAGACAGAACUGUACCAGGAACUGGGGCUCCAAGCUCGAGAUCUAAGGUUUCAACACCUAAUGAGCAUUGCAACUAGGAACAACAGGAUCAUCAUGAGAAUGGAGUUCUUGAAGGCUGUCAUAACACCAGAGUUUCUUCUGAUACUAGAUUAUCGUAAUUUAAAUCUGGAGCACUGGCUGGGCAAUGAACUGGCAUCUCAGCUGGCUGGGGAAGGGCAGCUGGUCACAUACUCCCUGCCCUUUGAGUUCCGGGCCAUAGAAGCAAUCCUGCAGUACCGGAUCAGCAAACUGCAGGGGAGACUUAACACUUUGCAGCCUCAGAUCCUUGAGACACUGGAAGCUCUAGUGGACCCCAAGCUUUUUUCUGUGGAUAGGAGUAAACUACACGUUCUCCUGCAAAAUGGCAAGAGCUUGUCAGAACUGGAAACAGAUCUUAAAGUUUUCAAAGAAACAAUUCUGGAGAUCUUAGAUGAAGAAGAAUUAAUAGAAGAGCUCUGUCUAUCUAAAUGGACUGAUCCACAAGUAUUUGAGGAGAGUACAUCAGGGAUUGACCACGCAGAGGAGAUGGAGCUGCUGCUGGAGAACUAUUACAGACAAGCAGAAGACCUUGCAAACGAAGCCCGUGAGCUGAGAGUACUGAUUGACGACUCGGAAAGCAUCAUCUUUAUCAACCUGGACAGCCACCGGAAUGUGAUGAUGAGACUGAACUUGCAGCUGACUAUGGGGACUUUCUCUCUCUCUCUCUUUGGACUCAUAGGAGUUGCAUUUGGUAUGAACCUGGAGUCAUCUCUUGAAGAGGACCCCAGAAUCUUUUGGCUGGUGACAGGGAUCAUGUUCCUGGGCAGUGGCCUGAUGUGGCGGCGUUUGCUUUCCUUCCUCGGGCGGCACCUGGAGCCUGCGCUGCCUCCUCACGUUCCUGCAGUUUUGAAAAAAUCCCAACCAGCAGCUGGAAGAGUGGAGAUAAAGAACAGCCUUAAAGCAGAAACAUUUGGGCUCAGCAGAAACACCUUAACAAACCAAUAGGAACAGCAGGAAUGAAGGGACUUUCAUAUUGUUACAGGGUGGACUUGGGGCACUGCCCUUGAUUUGUCCUUCGUUACUGAAAACUGCAAAACUUUCCCAACUGGCUAGCUUAAUAUGUAUUUUGUGCCGAAAACCUAGGGUGAGAUGGUAAUGCCCACACACCAAAGGAGAGAAACAGAAGGGAAAACAGCAACCUGCUUGCCACAGGAGUCUCACCUCUACCCCACGGAUAGUCCUUUUGUUUCCUGGAUCACGUACAUGUCCUUAUUUUGGGGGUGUUCCCAUCUCAAGUGUUUCUGUCAAGUAGUUCUUCACAUAAUGGCCUUUCUUGAAGAGAACAGUAUUUGCAGCUUAGAGGAUGACAGCAGUCAGCAUUCAUCAGUAAUUCUGUAAUUCCUAAAUUCGGUAAUUCAGUAAUUCCUAAAGCUGCACCUUUAGGAACCCGACUUUGAAUGCCAAAGAAAAAUCCACCCCAAAAGUGAUCUUUUUAGUGAGUUUUUUAAAGCCCCAUUUAAUUGCUGAGAACAGAUUUCCCAAAGCAAAAAGCAUACUCUCUGAGCUCUGAGGGUGUAGUUCUCCCCUCAUUUCACAGGGUGUAGAGGGAGCACAAAAUCCUUCUAAAUCAGGUCACAGGCUCUUGGUUUGGGGUUUUUUAACCUCACUGUACAGUGAGUAGCUCCUUAGGUGCCACCAGAUCCCUCACUGUGCUGGCAGGGGUUCAGAUACAAGAGAAAUGAGAAGGGGAGAAUAUUAAUGGGGGUUUGUAAUAUUUUGGAAUGUUUUUGCUGCAUUUUUUGGCAGCCUCUUUGCUUAGCAGGUAGAGAUGUAAGAAAACCUCUGAAUGGAGGCAUCCAGUGGAAAAAAAGCCCCAGUGGCUGACAUACCUUUGCUCAUAAAGCCCAGGUAAGCCCAAUGUGGGAAGGGACGUGGCUGCUGAUGUUUUCAACCAAGUUGUAGUUGCAUGAGGCCAGGACUGAAAUGUGUUGGUGCAGCUGUUUGGGAAACUUUCACCUCAGCUUUCCAAGCUCUGCCUUUAGUGCAGAGAGGCUUCUGUGAACUGUACUGACUCCUGUACAUAAAAAAAGACUUGAAGCACAAUAAAAGCACUGAAAGACACAUCUGUGACAAGGCUGCCUUUCCAUAGACACACUAGUUAAAACUCACAUAAUCCAAAUGCAUUCCCAUGCAAUCAGACUACACUGAGAUCAUCCAGAGAAUACAAACCAAAGCCAGUGGGGGGAUGUAUGUUCAGAAUAGCAUUGCCACAGAAUGUACUGGUUUCAUCCAUUUUCAUUUCAAAAGGAAAACUUCUGAUUCUGCCCUCACAAACACCCUGCUCAGUUUGCGUCACAACACAUCUGAGAGGUAAGUACAGUGCUCGUGCUUCCAGCCAAUUCCUUCCUUCAGAA